AUGCGCGUUCGUGUUCAUCUCUGUAUCUUGUUUAUGAACGAGACUCAUAAAGCCAGGUAUCUUUUCUCCCUGCAACAAAAGGUUCAGGCACUUCAGCUGGAGAUCCAGCAAACUGCCGAUCAAGAGAGCGCCAGCGAAUCGUCAGAGUUCGAAGCAGUGCCGCUAUCCAUGCAAGGAUAUCACCUGGAAGUGGCGGCUUGUGACGAACUUCCGUCGCCAACACGAAUCGCUUAUCUGGGACCCGGAACUUCAGCUCGACUUAUUCAGUCCUUCUUGAAGUCCACGGGUCGAGGGCAAAUGACCGACAAUUUGCACCUAGGAAGGCACCUAUUUCCCAAUUCUCCAUUUCAUUCGACAAAUCUUGACGAGCCACGCUCCAUGACCUCCUUUCUGACCAACAUUGACUUGCGGAAGGUAGAGUUGCAUUCCCUCGUACCGCCAUCGACGCAACGCGCCAUCAUCGAGAAUUACUUCCGAACGGUAGCAACCGAGUAUGCCCUCCUUCCCAUUGAGCAUGAGUCAGAUCUGUCAACGUACGAAAACCCUUUGAAAUGGGCUGGGUCGAACAAAGACGACCCAAUGGCGUGUUCGCUGACCAUCAUUUUUGCCAUCUCAUCUGCUCUGAUUACUCGAGAUGUCGAUCCCAUCCUGUCCAACAUUUCUUCCCGAUUCAGGGAGGAUGUCGAGAAGCUAGCUCUCUGCAAUGGAGGAUGUCGAGUUUCAAGCAAUACACUCAGAUGGGCAUGCACUGCUCUAUGUGCACUAUCCAUGAUUGAAUUGAUCUCUCCAAGCUCUGGGCAACUUUGGGAUCUUUUGGGAAGGGCUGCUUCGACAAUGGAAGACUUGCAGGCGGCUGGACCGCUUGGACAGCCCAACCUCGACCCCGACUUGGAAAGGCUCGAGCGUGUCCUCCUCAAGCUGGAAAGUUUGGCAUCUCUUCAUUUCGGACGUCCGUCGUUGUUCUUGCAAACUUAUUUGCGACCAUCAGCCGACCAUGUCUCUCCUCUACAUGCACUUUCGAAUGAGCUUGGUGUUGAAAGUUCACUACAUCGUAUUCACCGAACCCUGGCCACGGUGCCAGUUCCAAGCGAGAGAUAUCUCGAGGCACUAAUCCCCCAAUUUCUCCAGGUGGCCUCGGCAGGGUCUGAGAUUAGUUUGUCUUCUGCCCGGCUCUAUCUUGCUCUGAGUCCGCUCUUUAUCGACUCGGACAGAUUCGGAAACGGUGUCGGUAUGAACGCUCCGUCCCCCAGAAUGGUGCACCUGAUUACUGAAUCUGCCUCUGUCCUUAUCGACCAUUACACUCGAUUGAACCAAACCACCUCCAUCAUCAGUAUAUGGAUGACAGCUGAGCAUGUACUUAUAGCUGGUGUCAUCUGGGCCGCUGGUCUUGUUCACCAACACCGCCUAUCAGGCCCACGACUGCAGACCAUAUCUGCAACGGGGCCCGGCCCCGCGCUGGGGCCAAUCGUGAAAGUGUCCAGCCUGCUGGCGUCAUUUUCAGCACGGUGGAAGGCCGGAUCAGCUUUUGUGAAUGCCUGGGAGACAGUGGUCGAAACACUCUGGCAAGUGCUAUAG